AUGGUCAAGGAGAAUGAAAGGGUCCAUGGACCUCUCGAGUGUGGCGCCUGCCUACUCCUAGGGAUUUCAAAGGCGAUUAUUCUAGGCCAGGGAUCACCAACAAGCGCCAAGAACAGAUUUGCGAUGCAAGGCCGAUCCUCAGGCCAUGGGCCAAUAAGCUACUCAGGCAAGCUUGACCAUGGGCUUUCUGGAAGACGCAAGGGGGAUAACCACGCGCUAUGCGGCGGUCAUCUUUGUCGUCCUCGGGCAAAACGAUUCUCAAGUUGUGCAGUCUUAUCGCGGCGGCUAGGCAUGAACAUUUUAACCAGCUAA